AUGGGCGAACCCACCACCAAAGAACACGCCCAUAUGCCACUUGAAGUUUCCCGGGUUGAAAGCAUCAACAUCGGAGACCUCGAAAAAUCCACGAGUCCUCCUACGGAGAACCUCGUUUAUGACGAUGUCGAUGAAGAACCUGUCAUCCACCUACGAACAUGGAUCGCUCUAGCCUCCAUGUUCGUAAUGAAUUUCGUUCAGACGUUUGCCCUUCAAGGCCCUCCUUCCGUCCUCUCGUACAUCGGCACCUCCCUCAACAACGUUCAAGCCCAGACCUGGAUCUCCAACUCCCUUACACUCAUGCAAGCUGUCAUCUCUCCUCUCGUCUCCUCUACGUCCGAUAUGUUCCAGGCGCGCAAGCUGCUUCUCGUGGGGACUUCGGCCAUUUCGUUCAUUGGCGCGGCCAUUGCACCCGGUUCGACGGACAUUUACCGGCUGAUCGGGGCUACGAUACUCAUUGGCGUUGGCUUUUCGUCUGUGGGUUUGGCUUUUGCCGUACCGAGUGAGAUCUUGCCGCGGCAAUGGAGGCCUAUGUCUCAGGCGGGGAUGAAUAUCGCCGCUUGUCUCGGUGCGGUGGCUGGUCCAUUGGUUAUCGGGUCAUUCACUGAGGCAGAUGAGGUGAACGGUUGGAAGAAAUUCUAUGUAUUCAAAGCUAACCGUCAACGGUGGGUGCAAAUGGCCCUCUGGGGCAUGACUGCAAUCGGCAUCUUCUUUGGCUACCGACCCCCAACGCGACAUACUCGGCUCGACCACCUCACCUUCUGGCAAAAGCUCACACACCUGGACCUACCGGGAUUUGGUCUACUCACAGCCGGUCUCACCUUGACCCUGGUCGCGCUCAACCUCGGAGGCGGGCUCUUCUCAUGGACCAACGCCCAUGUACUGUCUUUACUGAUCAUCGGGCUGGUAACUCUCAUUGGCUUUGGCGUCUAUCAGUGGAAAGGUACAAAGACAGGCAUUCUGCAUCAUGAGCUCUUCCAAGGUGGCCGCACGUUUGCCAUCUGCAUUGUCCUCAUGUUGAUCGAAGGCAUAAUGUUGUUCUCAUAUGUCAUCUUUUUUCCGAUCAUGACAUCUGAACUUUUCGAGCAAGACCCUUUCCUGCUCACCAUUCGCGGACUGCCUUUCUGGGUCGUCUCGGGCUUGUCCACCGCUCUAUGGGGUUACUGGAGCAUGCGGUCCAGGUCCAUUCGCACGCCGCUUUUCGCAGGCUUCCUAAUAUACACCGCCGGACUUGUCGGCCUCGCUACCGUCCAGCCUCGCGAUAACCUGAGAUCCCUCAUAUUUGCUGGCCUCGCUGGUCUCGGCUUUGGCGCUCCGCUCGUACUCAUCGUAGCAGGCGUCCAACUCUCGACACCGCAUCAUCUGAUCGCCACUGCCACCGCCGUCACGACCUCCACGCGAGCGGUUGGUGCAACGGUGUUCACGGCCAUCUUCAGCGCGGCAUACAGUUCUGACCUCGGUGUCAAGUUGCCCGCUGACAUAGGCAGCGCCGUUAUCAAAGCGGGCCUGGCGGUUGACCAUGUCUCGGCGUUCAUCAGCGCUCUAACGGCGCAGGAUACAGCAGAGCUAUCCGCAAUUCCGGGAGUCAACUCCACCAUCAUCGACGCGGCGACGGUGGCCAUGAAGCAGGCGUACGCGGACUCACUGCACGUCGUCUACUACAUCGCGAUCCCCUUCGGUGUUAUGGCAUGUCUCGCGUGCUUCUUCCUGGACGAUCUGCGCACGACCAUGAACUAUAGGGUCGAUGCCCCCGUAGAGAAUCUGACCGCUAGGAGGCACACUAGUGAGAAGUAG